AUGGAUUUCGUGUCGGCCCGUCGUGCGCUGACAAUCUUAACGCUCGUUCUGGUACUGGCGUGUGCGGCGGUGGCGCAAGAUUACUGCUUCCCUUCCGACUAUGCCCGUCUAUCCACAGCAUGUACGGGAAGCACGCGUCAGGUGGAGUAUAAGAAGGUUCGCGACUGUAAAGACCCCUUUCCUGUCCAAGAGAUCCACGACGAGCCCUGCACAUGUACGCCUGAGGACUAUACUCUCCAGUACAAGACCACGCCUGGACCGAACUGCACCGAGGAGUUUGUUCCUAACGCAGGGUGCUCCAGUGGUUCUGUGACGGGCAAGGUCAGCGUCAAUCCCUUCUUCUGCGAGUUGAGCGCGGUGCCAUGCACCAAGGCGCACAUGCGGGUGGCGUACUCGCAGUGCAUGGGGGAAUCAGGCAUCACGGUUUCCACCGCUGACGGCGAGAAACCCGCAGCUCAGGUGAUUUAUUUCUUCAACAAGUCAUGCAACCCUGCCGCCAAGGGCUCAGCCCAUCUCCCGCCUAUCACCUACAUUCCCUGCGACACCAAGUGCGGCCCUGGUUCGUUCCUGCACGCGGACUCAUGCAAGAUAUGCGCCCCAGGAACGUACAGCAUGGGAGGAGGCCUGCGAUUCGACAAGAUUUACGAGCUUGAUAAGAAGUACUUCAAGACCACAUGCGAGUUCUUCAAUGCCACGGGCAAGCACACAUGUGAACCAUGGUACGUUGAAGAUGGAGCGGUUAAAGUGGGGGCGUAUGACAGCCCGAACGAGUGGUUGCAAGACGAGUGUGACACGGACGAGGACUACGAGUGUCACAACAACCUGCGCUCCGUGCUGCAGAUGACCGUUCGCCUCGUCCGCCCGGGGUAUGUGAAGUUCAAUUACACGGUGAACGCGGAGAAGGGUCUGGACGGGCUCUCCUUCUUCAUUGACGUCUCCGAGCAACCCGUCAUGCCCCUCGACUCCUACCAGUUCCAUCCGAAGCAGGUGAUGUUCAACCUAACAGAGGGCUACCACCACCUCACGUGGCUCUAUUCCAAGGACCAUGAGUUCACCCGCGGCCAGGACACCGCCGCCAUCACCAUGAUCGAGGUGGACGGCACAGAUUACAACGACCACCGCUGCACUCCCUGCGAGCCCGGGUUUUACAGUGGCGAGGGUGCAACAGAGUGCAUCCCAUGCCCGCUCGAUCACAUCUCCAAGGGAGGGGCAGCGCAGUGCGAAGCCUGUCCAGAGAACAGCUAUGCGCUGCACAUUCCACGCACCAAGUGCUUACCCAAACCCACCUGCAGUCUGGAGAAGCAUGCGCGCUACACCUACACCCCCUGCAUGUCUGCCACCAACACGCGCACCAAGAAGUACGAGUGGGUGGAGCCCAAGGUGUGCACGGGGGGUGAGGCGCUCCCACCAGAGGACACCCAGACCUGCCCGCCCUGCCCCUCAGGCCAGUACUACGAGGACUCUCCUGCCAACGGCACCAAGGCCUGUGUCUUCUGCCCUCCUGGCUCGGCGCGGGAUGCAAGCAACGAGACGAUGGGCAACUCAUGUGUGCGGUGUGAGCCGGGCAACGUGGCCAUCAAGUCGUUCAAGCUCGAGCACUUUGCUCGCCAGCACGGGGGGCUGCCGGAGGGAUUCACCACGGGGUGCCGUGGGCAGUGCGGGUCCCCUGGCUGGCACGUGGUCAAUGAGCGCCUCGAGUCGGGUGUCGGCCACGGCCAGUCUGUCUCGGUGUGGCUCAAGUACGAGGUGGACAUGGAGAUGGACGGCCAGGUGACGUUCAACUACUCGGCGCACCUGCCAGAAGGGGACACGCAGCGGGGCCUCUUCUUCUAUGUCGAUGAGGACCUCGUUGUCGCCAGCGAGGAGGGGUACGAGGAGGGGGAGCCGGACACAGUGGUGACAACAGACCCGUGGGAGCUGAGGAAGGGCAAGCACACGCUCAUGUGGGUGUGGAUCAAGCUGCAGGACCAGCAGAACGACACCACUGACGGCGCCAUUAUCUAUGACAUCCUGAUUGACGCGGCAACAAGGGGAGGAGCGAGCUACUGUGAGCCGGUGCCGGAGGGGGCUGAGCUGGCGGGGCAGGGCUCGUUCUGGACGGAGUGCCCUGCUGGGUUCUACAGCGAGGGGCUCGCUUCUAACUGCACCGCCUGCCCUCCCAACACCUACAACGACAUGCCUUUUGGAAGCAAGGCAUCCUGCCAACCCUGCAGCCCCGGCACCACCUCUCUCGCCGGCAGCAGCGAGUGCACCAUAGGAGACGUGGCUGUCCCCUCCUCCUACUGCUCCUACGUCCCGCCUGCCUCCGAAGAAGACUCCAAGCUCCCCCUCACCAUCUUCGACCUCUCUCCGCUCUCGCGCCGCCACCCCGGCCGCAUGUUUGGCCCGAUCUUCGACAAUCCCAAGGCUAAGAACCGGUCCGAAGGGUCCCUGUACUACGUGAACGUCUGCGAUCGGGAUAAGACCAACCGCACGUGCGCGAGCGUGCGCGGGGCUCCGAUGAACACGUACGCGUGUAAGAUCAACCCCGUGACGAAGCUGGAUAACCGGCAGGGGCACAGGUUGGCGCAUAACCUGGGGAAGAAGAUUGAUCUGUCGCCGCUGGGGCAGGGUGCGGCGCUGUUCCGCAGGGGGUUUGUGAUGACGAUGACGGGGGACACGUGUGUGGCGGAGGAUAAGGACCGCGAGCUCAAGAUUACCUUCAUCUGUGACCCCAAUGCUGGCUACGGUGCACCGGAGGCGUGGACGGAGAAGGGCAAGCAGGCAGCUCUGGACCCGGCUCUGACCUUCCCGUCGUGGGUGGACCGCACGGGUGGCAUCAUCCCCAUUGGCAACGAGACGGCGUGCACGUACGACAUGGUGUGGUACUCGGCGUUUGCGUGCCCCAUGUGCACGUACGACGACUACGAGAUGGUCACCGUGCCCAACUGCAAGGACAACAAGUUCGUCGUCUUCAAGUACAAGGAGCCCAAGCUAUGCCAGCCCAACCCGCAGGCGCCGCUGCCGGACGACAUUCCGUGCCAGCCCUGUGCGAGCUACCUGACGAGCAACAGCACAUGCGCAGACGUGCACGGGCGCCACAACAUCACCUACACGUACGAAGAAGAGGGCUCCUGCAACCCGAACCUCAACGGCUCCGUCAAGCUCCCUGCUCCCGUCGUCGUGGGCCCGUGCGUCCAGACGCUUUAUAUCGAAUCUGCGGAGCUUCUGAACGGGAAGUAUGUGCUGCUGGGUGCGCUGGGUGGGGUGCUCGCGCUCGUGCUGCUCGUGGUGUGGGUGGUGACUUAUAUCAAGUCGCGGAGGCUGUACAGUGCGUAUUCGAAGCUGGUGGAGGAGCAGGAGCAUGGUGGGGGGGGUGGGGAAGGGGAGGGGCCUGGAGGCGGGGCGGAGUUGCAGGAGGUGGAGAUGGCGGGGAAUGAGAGGACCCGGUUCACGGAGGACGAGACGGAUGAUAAGUAUUGA